GAAGACAUGUGAACAGAACAUUUUAGACAUUGUGCAUAGUUCACUCACGCGAAGCUAUUUGAUUACUAUGAGAAUUUGUAGUUUCUCAUACUGAAUUAAUUCAAUUUAGUCCGUACAAAGAACAUUUUUAUCUAGAGUUUAUUCGUAUAUAUUAAUAGUAGUCAGAAAAACUGGUGUCUCCUAGAAGCAAUCGUUUAAUAAAAAUGUCAUAUGUUUCUGAAACAAUUCAAUGGCCGUAUUCGAGUGUCAAUAAUAAGAGUUUUGUUGUUCCGGAACUAUAAAUUGACAUGUUUUCAUCAAGGAAUGUGAUAAUGAAUAGUUUUCAAUGGCGCAAAUGGUUCCUUUUUUUGAUUUUCGCCGUGUACCGGAGGUUGGAUACCGUCGAUGGUUUGAAGUGUUAUUGCAACAGUGAAAGAUGUCCAAACUCAACAUGUGAGACUGAUGGCUUCUGCUUCGCCUCUACAAGCUUGGAGAACAAAGUGCAGAAGUUUACCUACCAUUGUAUCGAGCUCAAAUCACUGAUACCCAUCGAGCAUCCCUUCAGUUGCUCCACGACGAAAACUAAAAAUGAAUCAGUGGUGAUAAAAUGUUGUAAGUCACAUGACAUGUGCAAUGAAGGCCUGCGCCUGGACCUGCAACCGAAGCCAGAGACGGGCACCACUGCGACGGCAUGGAAAGUAUUGCCAUGGGUGAUGGGGUUGGUGGUGCUCGGUGUGUGCGCCGCGAUUAGCUUCUGGUGGGCGAAGCGCUCGCACGGGCCCAAGAAGAGGGUCCCGUCUCGGACUCCGUACCCGACGGACGACUCGGUCUGUGAGACCAGGCACCCCAUGAUGCGCACCACCACCAUACGAGACAUGAUCGAGCUCACCACCUCCGGCUCCGGAUCAGGGCUGCCACUUCUAGUGCAGCGUUCAAUCGCUCGCCAGAUCCAGCUAGUUGACAUCAUCGGCAAGGGGCGCUUCGGAGAAGUGUGGCGUGGUCGCUGGCGCGGAGAGAAUGUCGCCGUCAAAAUAUUCUCGUCCCGCGAAGAGUCCUCCUGGUUCCGCGAAGCUGAAAUCUACCAGACGGUCAUGUUGCGUCACGAGAAUAUCCUUGGCUUCAUCGCAGCUGAUAACAAGGAUAACGGCACGUGGACUCAGCUGUGGCUGAUUACGGACUACCAUGAGAACGGUUCGCUGUUCGACUUCCUGAGCGCGCGAACCAUAGACUCCAUCACUCUUGUCAAGAUGUCCCUGUCCAUCGCCACUGGACUCGCCCACCUGCACAUGGACAUCGUCGGCACUAAAGGCAAGCCGGCGAUAGCCCACAGGGACUUGAAAUCUAAGAACAUUCUGGUGAAGUCCAACCUCACCUGCGUGAUCGGUGACUUGGGCUUAGCUGUCCGUCAUAACGUCGCCAGCGAUUCGGUCGACGUGCCCACCACUAACCGAGUUGGUACCAAGCGCUACAUGGCUCCCGAGGUGUUGGAUGAAACAAUGGACACUCGGCAGUUUGACCCCUACAAGCGUUCAGACGUAUACUCGUUCGGUCUCGUGCUGUGGGAGAUGGCUCGUCGUUGUGGCGUCAUGCCCGAUGAAUACCAACCUCCUUACUAUGACUGCGUGCCUCCCGACCCCGCUCUCGAAGACAUGCGACGGGUUGUCUGCACCGAAAAACGGAGGCCUAACGUCCCCAACAGAUGGCAUUCAGAUCACGUGCUGUCAUCGAUAUCGAAGGUGAUGAAGGAGUGCUGGUAUCAGAACCCCGCCGCGCGUCUCACCGCACUCCGCAUCAAGAAGACACUCGCCAACAUCGGCACUCCCGACUACAUCAAGCUGUAAGUCUGAAGCCAACUGAAAGCCUUAUUUCAUUGACCUCAUUCAUCUCCAACCGCCUUCGAUCGAACAGAAGCCGAUACCGACCUCAGCUAACGAUAUAUCGCUUGUCAAUUCGAUUGCUGCUCACUCUCAUUCUUGUAAUCGAUUACGUGCUGUUUUCACUUCAUGCUUCAACGAAGAUUUACUUCAGGUGUGCAGUACGGUUAGUUUAAGUAUUGUGUAAUGUCUUUGAUCGUAUCCAGUUUGUCUUUCACCGCAAUAUUGUAUAUUAUAUGUAUGUUCACAUGAUUGUACAAUGUUUAGGGAAGUCGAGCUGGAUGAAAUAAGGGUUUGAUACUUGGACCUUGCGUCGUUACUGAACGGACUAGAUUUUCAAGCCACGUGCAUGACUCCUGACCCCUACCUCUUAGAAUAUAUUUGUGUAAUAUCUUGAAGGAGCAUUUAUUUAAUAUUAUCAUAUUAUGGAUUUGAAGUUGUAGUGAUAUUUUUUCGUUACCAACUACGUAAGUUUAACUUUUGUUAAGUGUUCCGAUUUCGUUUAAUGUGCAUAAUAAAAAUAUAUAAACAGUACUUUUAUUUUUGUAAACUAUAUUUUCUGUGAUAUGAAAUUAAAUCGCAGCUAUUGUUAUAAGUUUAAUUUGUGUUUGUUUAUUACUAUAAUCAUUAUAGGUGUAUAGAUGUAAGUGCGACUGCCGCUGUCGCGUUCGGACUAUGUAUAUUUGAAAGCAUUUUGUUUUAAGUAUAAGGUAUGUAAUAAUUUGUUGUAUAGAGAUGAGAUAGCAGUGCAAUAGUGUGCGAUGCGCAGCUCGUGACUAGGGAACCGGGGUGAGUGUGCGACUGUGAGAUGCGCUGCUCCGGGCGGGACUCGAGUGCCACUCGGUGGCUGAUCACUCGCCAGCGGAUGUCGCCGUCGUACACGCAAGGCCGUAGCUAAGAGGGCCAGCGCCUCGACGCUAAUCUUCCGUUAAACAAUAACAAGCUAUCUAAGACUAAUUCAUGGAAACAGUGAUUCAUUUGUGGUUGUGAAUUAUAAAUCUAUUUUUUAUCAAUAUAACAAUAAUAACAAAAUUACAAAAAUGUACUUAAGUAUUUAAAAAUAAAUGUAAUAUCCGACACACUCCCUUAUAUUUUGUAAGAGACUUCUUCUGGCUACGGUCUUGGACUCACGUCCUCCUGAAACGAGCACUGGAACUGCAAUUGCGAAUUAAAUUAAGGUUUGGCAUGUGCGGCGCGUUUACGUGAAAUAUGUAAACCGCACACCGUCGCAUCAUAUACUUUGUGUUAGAUUUACUGAAAUAUUACUUAGUGAUGUUUCACAAGAACGCGUGCUCGGAGAGUAACUGAUGAAAGAAUGAGUUUUUAAAUAAUAUUGAUACAUCACAAAAGCACCUAUUUUCUUACUUAUUCCGAAAUUGGAAUUCUUGAAGUUUAAGAUAUUUAGAAUUUGUAUAUAAUGAACGGUGUUUACACACUAUAACGACCUAUUCUAAUAUGCGUAAGGACUUUGAUAAGUAAGCAUGUAGAUUUCAUACUUUUAUGUAAAGUUAUAAUUGUAGAAUAACUAUUUUAUUUAUUGUGUUUUAUUUAGAGUAGUCUACCGCCAGUGAAAGAACGCGACAAAGUACUUCUAAUUUCGAUUACGUACAAAUAUAUGUUUGUUGUUUAUAAAAAUAAAAUUAUCUUUGGGAAAAUAUUCAUGUGCGCAUUGUAUACCUAUUAAGGUUAAGUUGUUAAACAUUUGAUAAUAUAUAUUCCUCGUGUAAGUAUGUGUAACAGUCAACUGAAAUUCGUCGACAAGUAAAACUUAGAGACUGAAUCUAGCUCCAAAAAAUUUUAGACAUCAUUGCCUUUUGGUGACCUCAUCUCAUAGUUAAUUCGGUGUUUAUACAAAUAGGCCAUGCUUCGAAUUCAUUUCAAUAUCGUCCAAUUUAUAUAAACUCGAUUAUUUGACGUCGUCCACUGUCAAGUAUGUACAUUCGAUAAGUUCAUAGAAGCGAGGUGGCUCUUAAUAAUAGCAUUUUAAAGAUUGAUCGAUCAUAUUUUUUUUACUUUUUUUAGAUUUUAAUGCUGCAGCUGUAGGCUAGCCAUUUUACACGUGCCUGCGAAGUGCGAAGCAACGACUUAUAUCGACAGUGACUUUAAAUGUAAUAAAGCACUUUAAAUAGUUCGUCCCAAUUAGCCACUUUGCGUUGUAACAAAGGUCGAGUUUUGUUGAAUUCCGUAAUGUGACUGUCAAGUCUUACAUUACUUAGUUGAGGCUCCAUUAUCAUACAUAUAUGCAAUAUUCCAUUAUACUAAGUUUUCUAGUUAAAGUGAUUGUAAUAAAUAGAUACCUACAUAGUAAUACUUAUAAAACUGUCUUUUCUUCCAACAAUACCGAUUGCCACAUCGUUUGCCUCUGUAUUUUAAGAUUACUACUUACGUGAUUAGAUGCAUACGAAAGUCCCCUGUUCAAAGAAACCCUUUGAAACUGAACGUUGUAAGAACAAGAAAUGUAGAUUUUGUACUCUUUUAGUCAGACUCAGGAACUAGUAGUGUGUUAAUAUACUUAUUUAACGUAUUUAAGCGAAUAUUGUGUGUUUAUUGAAGUAAACUUCCGACGAUUAGUGUCGCUCGAGCUAUUGUUAAAUUAAGAAAAUUAUCCUCAAUUCUAUUAGGGUACUUUGAUGUCACAAACAAGGAAUAAUAUUAUUUUUAAGAAGGAACCAUUUGCCUUUUACAUUUUUAAAGCAAUAAUAACUUUUUAAAGUAUUUUUAACAGGUUUUAUUAUAUAAAAUGUUUCAGUUCAAUUCAGAUGGUAUUUGACAAAAGUCAGAUUGUUACAGUUUGAUUGCAUGUUUAGAACUUUAACUCUGUUAGCAGCUUCAUUCCACGCCAGGUGCGGUGCGUAGUUGUCUUCUCAUUGUUAUUGUCAAUACUAUAUCAUUUGAGUGGCAGCGAACGCUAUCUUAAGAAUCGAUGUUGUAUUAGAUUGUAGAUUUCCAUCGAAUUUUUUAUACUUAUAUAUACCAUUUAUUAUAACAUAUGAAUAGUAUUUGUAAUUCUGUAUUAAGAUCUAUUUUUCAUGUGUUUGUAAUAUUUUCGAAGGUAAUUCCUCCGUGUUGUAUAUUCUUAUAUGUUACAGCCAAAGUGAUUAAUCUCUUUAUUAUUAACUGAAUGCUCUAUAUCAUAUGACGUUAUUGAGAAAAUUGUAUAGGUUCUACUAGAGACUAAAAUUUGAAAAUUAAUUUAUGAAGCCCAAAUACCACAUAAAAUCGCUAGUUAUGUAAUCACAUUGUCUGUAACAAAUAAGUACCUAUGAAGAGAAAUAUAUAUGUAAAUUGUUACGUUGUGUCGUAUAUCUUAAGAUGCAUUUAGAUCAAACGGGAGCAUUAUUCUUGAUCUUAUAAUCAUUAAAGAAUUUUCUGUUUAACUUAAAAUAAUUGGCAGCAUGAACAUCAUUCGCUCGUUUGAUAUAAAUGCAUCAUUAUGAAGAGCGAGAAACUGAAAGCAAUAGACAAGCUAAAGCUGCAAAGAUAUAAAUCUUUAAAAACAAAAUGUGAAAGAAUCUAAAACACUUGUGAGAGCCAUGUACCUUUAGUCACAGCUUAGUUAGUAAUAAAAGUUUUAAAACUGUUAAUGUCGGAUCAGUGCCGGAUGCCAAGCGCGGGGCCGUAACAAGAAUAGCGCGGGUUAAAGGUAAAAGUAGUAACUACUUACUAACAGCCAAUUUCUUCAUUAACAGUAAAAAAGUAAAAGCCAAAGUAAUGUCAUAAAGUAAAAGUAACGGUCAAAUUCGUUUUAUCUAUUAGUUUUGCUGUCACUUUAGCCUUGAAAAAACGAAUUUGACCGUUACUUUUACUUUAUGACAUUACUUUGGCUUUUACUUUUGAUGAAGAACCUGGCCGUUACCCAUCAAGACCGAACAGCAAAAGAAUAAAAGAAACAGGUCAGUAUGGUUGCGCAGGCACUGUCAAGACCUGGGCGCGACGCCCGUAACAUGUGGUUAAUCCGACUCUCUAUCCGACGCAAGCGCAAUCGACUUACCGGCAAUAGGUGUCCGCCGUGCAAGUCGCUAAUAAGAAUAUAUUAUUGAAUGUAUUUAUUUUGAUGUACUUUAUAAUGUAGUCGACUAUCCUUUGUCGAGUUCUGUACCUAUUUUGAGGCAAUACAUUAUGUUUGAUAAAACUGGGAUCGUCUUAGCUUAGAUUAUGCUUUCCCAACGACCGCCCAGUCAUUGUUGGUAGAAGAUAUUUUGGUUCAAAAUGUUACUAAUUGACUUCUAGCCACCGACUGGCAGUGCUGUCAUGAACUGCUUACUCCGGGCUCUGCCACAACCUAAGUUGAUGCCAGUUAUGUUAAACAUAAUGUAGUAAAUCACUUUAUUAGGAUCCCUAUUUUGUGUCUUAGUCUUCUCGAGUUAUCACCACAUAACAUGCUUUAUGUCACUCGUUUUAUAUACGAUUCAUUAGAGAUAUAAAAUACUUUAGAAUUUCUAGAUUUAGGACGUCGAGUUCAAAUUAAUGUCAUAAAAUAAAAUGUACAAGCAUCAAACUAUUAGUUUGAAAUUAUUUGAUGAGCAAUACCAAGAGAGUACAAGUAAUGUUUUCUGAAGUGCAAUAACUAAACGUGGACAAAUGCAGCAUCAUAUCACAUGAGCAUACGAAUUGGAUGACUUAUUCCAAAUAUGAAUGAUUUUAUGUAAAUAUCAUGGUUUAAUUAUCCCACUGCGUAAGGUUUUAUAAUAAUUGUUUAUGGAGUGGACUAAUUAAUAUAAUAAAUAAAACCAGCGUUUUAUAUUGGA